AUGAUAUUUAUUAUGUUGUCGUCAUUAUUACAAUUUCGUGUUAUUAAUCGAUUAUUAUCGUUAAUUCGAACAAUAUUAUUAAAUAUUUUAAUUAGAACUAGAACGAAUUAUCGUUCAUUCAAUAAUUUAAACGUAUUUCGAUCGAUUGAAAAAACUUUAUUAAUAAUUUUAAUUCUAGCCGGAACAAAUGUGGCAUUUGAUACAGAUGUCGAAAAUUAUACGAUACCCGUUAGUGGCAAGGUGGUGUUAACAUGUUAUGUUCAAGAAGUUCGUUCAUUCAAGGUACUAUGGCAGAAAAUUGAUCGUCCUCGAAAUACUACACAGUUAACGUUAAUCGCUUUUGAUGGUGUCGUUUAUUCAAAUAAAGAUCAUUAUCGUUUGGAAUCUGAUUAUGUUGGAUCACAUAAUUUAGUUAUUGAUCGUGUUAGUGAAGAGGAUGCUGGAGAAUAUCAAUGUCAAAUAAACACAGAACCAAGAAAAACAAAACGAAUUUUCUUAAAUGUGCAAGUACCACCACGUAUUGUCGAUUUUCGACCGAAUCCACCAGUUUUGUCAGCUCAAGCCGGUUCAUCUUUACGUUUAAUGUGUCGUGGUGAAGGUACACCAACACCAAAGAUCAAAUGGCGAAUUCGAGACAACAAUGAUUUGAAUAAUAUUGAUAAGCCACCCGAUAACAGUUUAGUGUGGUUCAUUCAGAAUAUACCGGAAAAUUUUCCAAGAACAGUCGAAUGUAUAGCUGACAAUGGUGUCCUACCAGCUUCGAAUAGAGUAUUCACCAUUAAUGUUGAAUAUGCUCCAAUAGUAAUAAUAUUAGGAGAUGUUAUUCAAACACAGCGUUAUAAAAAUACUACAUUGAUAUGUACAACGACAUCUCGUCCCACAGCCCGUAUCUAUUGGGAGAAAGAUAGUCGACUGAUUGCCAAUGAUGGAAAAUAUUCAAUAACAACGUCUUUCAAUCAAACAGCAGUCAUUAGUAUUCUCAGUUUUCAAGCUUCAAAUGAAGAUGAUUUUGGAAAAUAUUUUUGCAUUGGUGAAAAUUCACUUGGACGAUCAGAUACAUUCAUAUUUGUACUAGAAGAAUCAAUCUUUUCAACGAUAUCAACUACAACAUUGUUACUAUCUACUACAGAAAAAAAAAUUCUUAAUUAUAGACAUCAAAAUCACGAUGGAAGUAGUCGAACAAUAAAAUAUCGAACACAAAGUAAGGGACCAUGA